AGCCUAGCUUAUCGUUGCUAGCACUGUACUGAUACAUACCUAAGAAGGGAUAUUAUAUCAUCAGCCGUCGAUUACUAAGCACACUCGAAACAUGUCUGACAAUCAUUUACCAGUGACUAAAUCCGUCAGACCAGUCAAACCAAAAGUAAGCGUGAAAUUGGCAGAACUCUUGGAUCGCUUGGAUUUGUCUCCCUCCAUACUUUUGGAGGAAGAUGCUUGGGCAAUCGAGAGAAGUUCAUCCGCUUCAUCUGGGAUUGGAUCUGUUAAAAAUGCAGAUUGGGGAUGCGGGUACCCCAAUACAUCUUCUACGGGAAAUACUAUGGACCGAAAAACAUUACUUGAAGAAUUGGCAGCCGUGAGGGCCAAGGUUGAGACGUGCAUGGUGCGAAAUAACUUUUUUCACACUCAACUAAUCGAACACUUCAAAAGAAAGCAGAUGAUGCGUGUCUACGGGGAGGCAAACGAAGAAGACCCUCUAAGAAAUAAGUACUUAAAAAAGUUAUCCAAGUACGAGCAAUUGCGAGAAGAACUUGAAUCUGGGGAGGAAGACUUUAGAGUAGAAAUCACGCAGCUGCGAAAAGAUUUGCGGAAAAAGACAGACGAGGCAGAUACUGGCAUCGAAGAAUUGCUUUCUAAGCAGCGAGCAGCUGCAGCGCAAGCUUAUACAAACGGCAAACCGCUAUCCACGAAAGAAGUACAGGCAAUGAUAACACGUGAGCUUGCAAAAAUGAAGGAUAUCUCGAAAAUUCGUGUGCGGUAUGCACGUCUGAGGGACAGCCUUGUGGAGAAGGAAGUCGUCUUUGAUGCUCUGAAAAUUUUAACACCAAAUCUAGACCGAAAAGAUUACGAGCGUUUAGAAGCAGAGAACUUCUACUACCGGCAUGAGCUGAGAUUAAAAGAAGAGGAAGGUGAGCGACUAGCGAGAAGACAGGAGCGUAUUUCGCGACAGUUGCAAGCGAUUCAGCAGAAACGAAAGAACUUGUUACGACUUAUUAAAUUGCAGCAAGAUACCAUACAAAAAUUGAAGCAAAGAAUCGUGCAGACAUGUCGGCAGAAACAGAUGAAAAGGAAAAAAGAGAGAGAGGUCCAACAGUACUUUGACAAAUUUGAAUUCAUUCUGGGAUUACGCCUGUAUCCAGAAGUACAUGCGAAGAUGGAAUAUUUCCAAAAUCAGCACAAAGAAUGGCUUGAAAGAGUUGCGCGUCUCAUGGCUGAAAUUAAGAAUAGAAAUCAAAGCUUGAAAGACGUUGAACCGCGUAAGAACAUUCGCAGACAAAAACAAACAUCGGACGAAGAAGGUACGACGGACGAUGAUACGCCAUCUUCUAGAAAAUCACGCCAUCCACCCCUAGGUGGAGGAUUUCUUCAGUCACUUUAUAACACAGGACGAUAAUAAUAUGAAACCCGGUGGCCAUUAUCUCGGUUUACCACUUAACAAAUUUUCUCGUUCAUACGAUUUCAACUGUGCUUCGCUUAUGAUAUUCAAAAUACAAAUCAUAUUAGCAACCAAAAAUUGAGUGUACCGGGCACAAAUUAAGAGGAAGGUAGUUGUAGAAAAAUACUGUAGCUACAGUUGGCAAAGUAUUUCAAAAUGCGUCCGUACUAAACCAUGAAAUUGAGGACUGUAGAAAAAUUCUUUAAAUUACCUAAGUAUCCACAUAUCUUUAAAAACCAGAAGAAUACUGUAAAUACAGCACAAAAUACAUUCUUUAUAUCGCUAGUCCAGUAGCAUAAAAUAUUCUAUAAGUUGUGAGUUACGAUUCGUAAUCGAUUAUAGUGACAAGUUGUAAUAUUUUUACGGACAGAAGGAAUUUCAUUUAACCCACAUUAUGUGUAAAGUGCAGCUUGAGUAGGGUCCAUAAUAAUGAUAAUGAAACAUAUCUAGAUUUUAUGUAAAAGAGUUUAUAAUAAUUAGUUUAUUUUGGUGUUAUUUGGUGUACAAUAUAUUUUACCUUGGAAAUUAAUUCUCGUCAUAAAUCCGGCCGCUGUGCGCUAGAUUUAUGUAAUAAAAAUCUCCGAUUAAUAAAUGUUACAAAGUGUUUUUCAUCAAACAAUUGUAUCCUUAAUAUGUAUGCAUUAGAACGAUUACAUAUUAUGUAUUACUCAUUAGGAGUGUGAAAAGAAUUGUGGCAGCACUGUAAAAUUAUCGAGUACAUUGGUAUAGCAGUGAAACUCGCACCAACAGCGUCUGUAGUAGAUACUAACUAGGUAUGUACCUUAGAAAUUAAGCUUCAAUCUUUUUUCAUUUAAAAACGAGACACUGAGUGAAAGCGUUUUUCUUUGUAUAUAUUGUUCAGUUCAGUUCAGUUUUCAAUUAACCGUUAAUUAUCGUUGUGCUUUUUGUUUGACAAUGCCUAUAAAUUAUAUUGCGCGUAGUUAUUACACACAUUCAGCACAUUCAUUUUACAUAGAUACUUCUAUUAGACAAUUAUUUAUUGGUGUUAUUAAAAGUUAAGCUAUUGAUAAACAUUAAUUUAAUUACCAUUAUUCUAACGAUUCAGUAAAUACUCGGUUGUUGUUAUAAUAGUAAUAAUAAUAAUAAUAAUAAUUAUAACUAUAAAACACUGGUACUUAUUAUGUACAAUAAAAUUCUAACAAAUUUUGGCUAUUAAGAUUAUAUUACACGUUCUAAGUGUUGCCAUUUAGCACGAUUGUAAUUACGAUAUAAAUAUACUCAAUUCUCUCUCUUAAAAAAACACAGAAAAAAUUUUGAAUAAUACAAUGACGCAAUAAAGGUUUUUAACAACGAAAAUCCGUUCAAUUAAUUUUCUUCUGAUUAUAUGACCACUUUUGACUUUUUGAAAUUUAUGUUGUCUUAAUUAAUAUGUAUAUCAUUCAUUUACAACCUACGUAUAUUGAUGACUUCAAAUAGCAGAUGAAUAUGGAUUCUAAAAGUUGAGACUAUAUGCCGACAUAUCAAAUUCUGCAUUAUUAUUUUCUAUCGAUUUCUAUUUAAAAUGCAACUCAAUAAUACAAAAUUUUGAAAAAUUAAAUUGGCAGAUAAUAUGAGUAAUAAUUUGAAUCGAAUGUAUACCGUUUGUGCAGUACUAGUAUGGUACAUACGAAUCACUGCAUAAUUUUAUACCACGAUCAGAAUAAAAUCUGUAUCCUCGCAAGAUUCUGAUGAAAACAUUAAUGCAACUUGAUAGUGUAAGAGAAACUAAUAUUUGUGAAGUUUUAAUUAAAUAAUAAAAUCGAUGAUAAAAUGAUAUACAUGUGAAACCAUUGGAUAUAAAUUGCGAUGAGAUGUUGUAGAAUUGUGAUGCCUCAUGUAAGUAUACAUAUCUUCUAAGAAUUAAUAACACAUUAUAAAUACAGAGUAAAAUACCUGUAUUACAGCAGUUAGAUAUUUUUCUGUAUAAACUUUAUACAGGUAUAUUUAUAUAUAUAUUAUAUAUAAAAAAUAUUUCGAACUAAAGCACUUUAAAUAGGUAAAAGUAUAUUCCAAGAGAGGAUCACUUUAUAAAUCUGAACUUGAGGUGUACACUAUGCUCCCUUGCAUUAAAACCCUUCCGAAACUUGUCUAUAAAAAAUAUAUAAAAAUCAUUUUUAGUAAUCAAUUUUUAUUUCAAUUUCUUUUUUUUGCUAACCCUCGGAAAUAGUUUCCUUAACGUUCCAAGUAUGAAAAUUGUUAUCAUUGCACUCGGUCAACGAGCUUACGUAAGUUUUUUAGCUUUAGUUCCUACAGCAUACAGUAUAACCAGAAAUAUAUAUCAUCUUCUUCGUUUAAAAUUUAAACAAUUACCAUGAUAUUAUUCUACCGAUACGUUUCUUUGUGAACACAAAGGUGAAUAAAAAUAUGAACAUACUAUGAGUGGGAUAAAGUGAAUUUUCUGAAAAUGUUCCCAACUCGCAUCGUGAGUACAAUUGAAAGGAAUUGCUGUUUGAUUAUUAGAUUUGAAAUAAAGUGAUAGGAAAAUGAAUUUAAAUAUAGAAUCGAAAAUAAUUUCCAUUUUUUAUGGAGAAAUUGAAAAAUUGUGUCCAGAAAAUUCACCUUUACCAAAUUUCUCCUAUAUAAACCUUUUGUAUCGACUUUCUUAAGCCCCCUAACUAGCCAUACAUAA